AUACACUCAGAUAAUAAUGUAAAUGAUAAGGCACAUGAGGAUGAUUAUGAAUUACCACAAAUUUUACUGACAGAUAUUCUAAAGACAAUUAAAAGCUCAGAAAUUCUCGAAAUUUGGCGCCUCACUUUUUCGUGUAAUAUGAAAUCUCAAUUUGUGAUAUUAAUCUUAGAUGAUUCACAUAGGUGUACUUGUAACAUGUUAGUUAUAUAUGGUUAUCCGUGUUAUCAUUUCUACAAGAUUCUUCGAACUUCUCCAUGUACACAAUGGCAUAUUGGUCUCAUAUUAAAAUGGUGGUAUAGAGAUAACAAGAUCGAUAAUGACCAAGAUUUUUUGAUACAACAUAAUCCUAUUUCAUUAUGUAUAGAAUCAUCUAAAGAUUAUGCU